UUGAGUUUGUGUUUGACAUAUUUGAAGAACCAAGAAUUAUAAACCUUGAUAAUUGUUGUUAAAACUCUGAAUUAAUUAUGCUAAACUAUUCUAUGAACCUUGGAGAACAUUUCUUUAUAGUUUAAUUGAAGUUUGGUAACUAAAAAUGGUAUUUCCGAAAAUUGGCCCGAGGUUGAAGAUGACUCUGUUUCAAAUUAACGCGUAGAACGAUAUCAUGCUAGCGCCCGGACGGUAUCUUAGUACCGCCAGCACAGUUGCCACCUACCGUGGCAAUGGUAGUCACCUACCAUCGGCUACUUCCUUGACUGUGGCUGGUUACGGCUGUCGGUACCAAGGUACCGUGACACGGUACCGAGGAAGAGAAAGAACAGAACAGAGCCGGAUGAACUGGUCUUCUAACCGCCACUACUCCGCCGUGCCGCUGCCGCCGUUUGCCGGAGGAGCUGACUGUCGCCACGAGCCGGAGGCCGCUGGGUAGCCACUGCUCUGCUGCCGAGUUGGCCGACACCUUCUUUAAGAAUUUGAUUUGUUAAAUUCUCCAAUUAAACAAGGUAACAUGAAUGAUGAAUAAGGGACUAUUCUGGAG